CGACGAAGGCAAUUUUAACACGGUUAGGUGACGUAUAGUGAUCUCGGUUACGUAGUUACUAUCAGUUACGUACCUGCGUUGAAACAACACUGCACCAUAUACGAAACCGCGAAAAAUGAUUCAACCAACCAGUCUCGUGUCUCCACGCGGAAACAAUUACGUAAUUAUGACGUAAAAAUAGAAAAACCAUCGAGAGUUCAUUUGUUUUAAAUAUAUACCCAUAAUUUCAGGAAUAAGGUUUGACAAAUGCAGUGAAUUAUUUUUUAAAGAAUAUCAGUUUAUUAACAGAACAUGAGGGAAUUAUUAAAGUUCAUAUUGAUUUGUGCCGUUUUGUUUUGGCAAAGUGAAGCAUAUUUUCUUGAAGUGCGAGAAAAUGCGACGAACGCUAUUAAUUUUAACAAUACGAUUGACGUUAAAACGACCAACGGAGCGUUACCUGGAUACGCUUUGAUUGCAUCAAUGGAACAAAACGUUAUCAGUUUGUUAGCGGGUGCGCCAAAGUUCAGCGGGUUGUAUAAUGUUGGAUCCACUGGUGAUGGGGCCGUCAUUAAAUGUUCAGCUAACGUCCAACCGUUCUCUUCAACGACCAAAGCAGGAAACACGAAAUGGAUGACCGAUCAUGGCUGCUCUGUUGUAUUGAAUACCAACGCAGUCCCGACCGGCGAUAAUCAAAACAAAUCUGCAGACGCCAUUGGAAUGACUAUGAUACCGUUAGGGGGAAAUAAAACAGCCGUUUGUUCGCCCGGAAGAAGGAAGAUAUGUGGACGUAGUUUGAGGUUAUCCCCGGGUGCAUGUUACACAGGAACGCUUGGAGCUGCUAUGACUAUGAAAACGGGGUGGGGAGAGAUACCAUGUUUUAAGAACUACCUUGACCUUGUCUAUGUAGUGGACAGUUCAAAUUCCAUAUCAGAUGCAAAUUUUACCAUCAUGAAACAGAUUAUUGUCAAUGCUUCAGAAGCUUUUGAAGCAAGCAUUGGUGAUACUACACAAGUCGCUGUAUUGCAAUACGGGAACUUAGAUUCGGCGGCGUUUGAUCACACGGAUUCAAAAUAUUACAAAUCACCAACAAAACUCGGAGAUUGCAAUGACAUCGAUUGUUUUAACCGAGCCAUCAAAGCUAACAUGACACAUCUAAAUGCAGCAAACACUUUUACAAGCUUGGCAAUAAGAAGGGCAGUAGAGUUUGACUUUGCACAAUCAAAAAACAAAGAUAAAGCAAAAAAGAUUUUAGUUCUUAUAACUGAUGGUCAAGCAAACUUUCAAUCCCAGUUGAUUGUGAGUUAUAGAUUAACACAAUCGCACAACAUCACGGUUUACGCCAUCGGUGUUGCUUUAAAAUCUGAUGCAGAGCUUCGUAUAAGUGCAAAUGGUGGUGUAAGUAAAGAACGAGUAUUGGAUGCUAAUAACUACAGUGAACUAUCAAAAGCUCUACGAAAUUUAACGGAAACAAUUGCUCAGUCAAGUGGAGAAGGUCAAGCCACUGGUGGUAUUACUCUGGAAAAUGCAGUGCUUGGAGUUUCUGCUAACUAUAAUCCAAAGGGAGGAAAAUUAUUUUUCAGUGGUGUUGGGUCUUACGAUGGUUCAGGUGCAAUAAUAAAAUAUGAUUCAAUAAGCAGCACCAAAGGUGAUGUUACCAGUCAUAAACAAGUCCCAGGACUCUUUCCAAAGUUUCCAAAAGAUUCUUAUUUAGGCUAUUCCAUUGCUUCUGGCUACUUUGAAGGAAAUGGCACACUGUAUGUAGCAACUGGAGCACCAAGACAUGCACUACUAGGACUGGUUCUUGUGUAUGAGCCUCAAACUGACAACAGCGUCAGUAACCCCAGAAUCAUCAAACCGAAUAAUUGUUCUUCCUGCUCAACUAACUACAAACAACUUGGAAGUUAUUUUGGCGCAACAUUGCUCUCUGCUGACAUCAAUGGUGAUGGAAAAGAUGAUUUACUUGUUGGGGCUCCUCUAUAUAUCGGUGAUAAUUAUGAUGAAGGAAGAGUCUUUGUUUAUCUCUCUCAAGCUUCAAACUCCAUACAAGCUUGGGCGAGUUCAGGGUUCGUACCAAAAGUAUUUUCCGGAAUGAAAGAUGUGGGUGGUCGAUUCGGUUCAGCAAUUUCAUCGGCAGGAGAUCUUAACGAUGAUGGUUUUAAUGAUGUCAUAAUUGGUGCACCGCUGGCGGACAAUGGGGCAGGAGUUGUGUAUGUUUAUCACGGCUCAAACAAUUUGAAAACUGUUUAUAGCCAGAGAAUCCAAUCUUCAUCAUUGCAAUUUCCACAUCUUUCAAACUUUGGAUUGUCAACUUCAUCUGGUGCAGAUCUUGAUGGAAAUAAAUAUCCAGAUGUAGUGGUGGGGGCACCAAAUAGCAAUUUAGCUAUUAUAUUCAGAUCUCGCCCUGUUGCUCGAUUCUCAGCUCAAAUAACUUUGAGUCCACCAAGAAGAGAUAUAUUUGAAUGUUUACAAUUGCCAAGUAGAAAAUGUUUUAAUGUUACUUCAUGUUUAACAGUUUAUGGAAAAUCAGUUGAAGAUUUUCUUGAUGUUAAUGUUAUGAUCUUGCUCGAUAAAUCCAAGAAACGUUUAAAUCUUGGUGGUUUUAAUAAUGCAACCAAAGAAGUUAAAUUGUCGCGGAAUGUCACGAGUUGUUGGUCAUAUGAUGUUUAUGUAACAAAAAAUAUGAUAGAUUUUGUCAGUCCGUUAUCUGCUGAGGUUCAGUAUUCUCUUACUUCUACUCACAGCAACACACCUAUGUCCUCUAUGGUUGAUCCGGCUGCAACCAACAAAGUGAGCACAACUGCCAGUUUUAACACUGGAUGUACAAGUGAUCUAUUUUGUUCAUAUGAUUUGAUGGUAAAUAGCAGCAUUACACUACCCAAAACUACAAAUCAGGAAUUAAAUAGUAAGCUCGGGAGCGAUGUGAUCAUUAUUGAUAAGGACACUGCUACAAAGCCAAUAAUUUUACAUGUGACCAUUUCUAAUGUUGGUGAGAAUGCAUAUGGUGUGAAAUUUGAUGUAACUUAUUCAUCUUCACUUAUAUGGAAUGGGAUAAAAGAAGCAAACAUUUUAAACCACAGAAACGCAAGUUGUUUUGAUGAAGUGAGUACACAGGAUCAAACUCACGGGCAAUUGAAAAUCAAAUCUUUGACUUAUAAAUAUAAUGAAGACUUAGGAAGCAUCAUGCCAGCUGGAGAUUCGUGUUCAUUUGAAAUCCACCUCCUACCAACCAACCUCAAGACAAGUGGAGUCAUACAAAAUGUGUAUGCCGCACUACAUGUAUACACAAUGUAUGCUCCUAAUGGUAAUGACAGCAAUCCUACAAACAAUGUGGCAAACUACACACGCACAAUACGUUAUGUAUCUGAUGUAUCGGUAACCAGAAGAGAGUCUACCCAAUUUGUGACUAGAGAAUUUACUUUCCCCAAAACAAAUGAGACGGUGCAUUCUGUUUAUGAGAUUGGUAGAAAUGUCUCUACAAUAGCUGUUGCAUAUGAGAUAUCUAGUGAAGGUUAUUCUGUUGUCCCAUCGUCAAGUUUUUUCCUUCGUUACCCAACUAACAUAUCAGAACAUAAUCUUCUCUAUUUAUACAAAGUUAGCUGCAUUGGAUCUCAGGGGCCGGUAAUGUGCAACUGUAGCACGCAAAAUGUUAACAGAUAUCAUUUAUCUACCUCACCCAAUACCACAGACAAAUCUGGUCCCAGUAUCCUGUUGUUGCCUAACCCUACACAACUUCCACUGUCUUUAUAUAACUGUUCCAGCAGCAUAGUUGAUCCACCAGCAUACUGUGAAGAGCUGCACUGUUCAGUAAAUAAUCUUGUUCAAGGAUCUAAAGUUAACUUUGUAGCAAGUUUUAGAUUUUGGUCGCAUUCUGUUAAACUCGUUGAUUAUCCCACUGUUACUUUUGUUACUGGAUUUUCUUACACAACAAAUCAGUCAAAGUUGGUUAUCAAUAAGAAUGGAUCAAUAAUCACAGAAUAUUCUGCUGAGACAGAAGUUGCUGUGAAGAAGUACGUUCCACCUGUUGUAAUAGAGCAACUAAACCUUUUGUUGAUCGUUAUUAUAUCUGCUGCAGUUACUUUGCUUCUUGUUAUUGCGGGUCUUGGAGCAUUGUACAAGAAAGGAUUUUUCGAAAGUGAAUACAACAAAUUAAUGAAAGAAGAAAAACAUUGGCAGAAAGGUAAUGCUACACAAGAAAGAACUGAUGAGGUGUAUGAUGAAGAUUUAAAACAAUAGAUUGUGAAGUUAUUAUUUGUGAAAUUUCUAAACUAUAUUUUUUGUUAUAUAUAUAUAUAUCUGUAUUUUAAACUUUUUUUAUUUUAGUGUGAUUUUCUUAUUUUCUUUUGCAUUUAUAUCAAAACGGUUUUAUUUUAUAACGCGAUGCCCAUCAAAGAAAUGUUGGCAUUAAACACACAUGUUUAAUAAUUAACUAUUGAAACUCAAGUGUCUGAGUAAAUAGAACUUUCGAAAGUUUAUGCCUCGCUAUUAUGGCUUGACUUAAUCGUUAUUGUAUGUCAGUAUUUAGUCGCGUAAAGUAUUGCGUUUGAAUGGGAAUUUAAGUCAGUGUCUUUAAUACUGAAGUAAUGUUGGUAUUGCUGGCCAUUUGCUUAACGAUAUGACGUAGGUAAGAUUAAAGUUUUGUGAAUGGC